AUGCUUUUUUCAGGUGCAGCGGCUCUCCAAGAACUGUUUAUCCUGGACUCGACCGCAAUGAUCAGUUACUCUCUCAAAUCACAUUUCGAGCGACUGUUCAACUUCUUGCGCGGUCGCGUUUGCAUAACCAUGCAUUUUCCGCCAAGCAGUUACAUUGUCAAUCAGAUCAGAGAUUUUGUCGGGAACGUUUGCUGCUUCACUCCCAAACUUGACAGCCUCAGGGAAGCCAGUCAUUUGGGGAUAUAUGUGCAAAAUGAGGGUAAAAAACUGGAUACAUUGCGUGAAUUAUGCCUUAUGGCAACAUCUGCGCCAGUGCUUGUAUGUUGCGGUCUCAGA